AUGGGCAACGUGCCUUUUGAGAAGGCUCCUCUCCUUGAGCCCGAGAGAAAUGAGGGAGACGACACCAGCAACCAAGUAGACGCUCCCCAGCCGUCAGCCAGACGUCCAUGGCGACCUUUCCUUAGGAUUUUCAUUGCCGUUACGGUCUUGUGCCUGUUGUUUAGGCCACACUGGCCGCAUUGGAGAUGGCCUCAUCGGUGCCAUCAUCGCCCUCGACAUCCGUCGUUUGGCAGAUUCCCGCAGAAGGACGACCCCUUCCACUUCAUUCCCUGUACCAAGGACUCGGUGCUGCCCCCUCUUGAUGAUCCUCGACCCGAACAUACAUGGGCGAAGAGGUUUGACCCUGAUCCAAGACACUGGAGCUGGGGCAAUGCAACAGAGGGACACAAAGGCCCUCACGAACCUCACGAGCCUCAUAAACCUCAUAAUCCACACUAUCCCGGAAAACCUGGAGAGCCCGGUGAACCUAGAAAGCCUGGGCAUCCCGAGCUACCUCAUCCAAGACUGCCUCACCUUAAACCGCCUCAUCAUGUACAUCCUCACCACCACCCGCCCCAUCACGACCUGUACGCCGGUCGGGGUAUCUACCUCUGUGGAUAUAUUGAUGUUCCUCUGGAUUAUACCAACAAGUCAGAUACCCGCAUUGCUCGUCUUGCAGUGACCAAAUACCAAGUGUCGGGUCUUGCUCACCAUGGCCAUAAACGACACCACGGCAAGCCCCACCAAGGCAAGCCUCGCCACGGUGCUGGUACCAAGAGCGAACGUACCAUUGUCAUUGAGCCUGGCGGUCCCGGCGGCAGUGGAACUUCCAUGGCUUGGCGAUCUUCAGAGGAGAUUUCGAAGCGAUUUAGCGAUGGAAAGUAUGAUGUGCUUGGAUGGGACCCUCGUGGUGUCAAUGCCUCUUUGCCUGACAUCUCCUGCUUCCCAUACGAUGUGGAUAGGGAUCAUUGGUUGAUGCGCAUGUCCCAGUAUCGCGAGACUUCGCCCUCCCCCCGUGCUCAACUAGAGUUCUUCGAUGCCAUGAGCGAUUCCAUACUCAGCGCAUGUCAGAAACUCCACGGAGACCUUCCUCGUUUCGUUUCGACAGCCUUUGUUGCCCGGGACUUGGAGCAGAUUCGACUGGCUCUGGGCGAAGAUGGACUUACCGGGUAUCUGGUCAGUUACGGAACCGGUAUUGGCCAAACGUAUGCCGGUAUGUUCCCCAAUAGCGUUGGAAGGAUGAUUCUGGAUGGAACCGAAUAUGUGCGUGAUCACCGUGUUCUCGGCGGUUUUGGCUGGACGGCCUUGGACAAUGGAACAGAUGCCUUCCAUGACGGGCUAUUGGGAGAAUGCAUCAAUGCCGGUCCUGAGCAUUGUGCAUUGGCAAAGCCCCAUGAAGGCAAAGCGGUCACCUUGGAAGAUCUUGAGAAGCGAAUGACCACUUUGAUCCAGGCUCUCAUCAAACGACCACUUGUGUCCUAUACCAAAUCCUCUGGCCCUUCAUUGAUUACGUAUUCAAACCUUGUGGGAUUGCUGUAUGGGGCCAUGUACAAUGCCAAAGGCUGGCCGGCCCUGGCCCAGAUGCUCCAUGAGUUGGAGGCUGGCAACACAACUCUUGCGGCAACCAUGCUCGAGCGUAGCGUCUGGGAAUAUGAUCCUACCAAACCACCACCACCAAACAAACGUCCAAGCUCUGAAGAGCUUGGUACUUUGGUCAUUUGCGCUGACCAGUACGAUUCACCAGAACCGGAGGAUGGUAUGGACUGGUAUGAAUCACUCUGGGCUAACAUGACGGCCAAGUCCUGGAUUGCGGGAAAUUCUCGAUUCCAAAACAUCUUUCCUUGCAGGCACUUUACUAAGUACUGGCCCAAGCCAGCUGAAGUCUACCGUGGCGAUUUGAACAAGACUUUGAGCAACCCAAUUCUGCUGAUUGCUGAGACCUAUGAUCCAGCUACGCCAUUGCGCAACGGCAGACGUCUUUUAGGCGAGAUGGGCGAGAAUGCCAGGCUGAUUGCGCACCACGGCUAUGGACAUUCGUCGAGGGACACAUCCAAGUGUACUGAUGAGAUUGCCAAAGCCUACAUAAUGGAGGGCAAGGUACCCAAGGAGCAGGAAACAGCCUGUUACGCGGAUGAGAAACCUUAUAUGUACGGUGCAAAGAAAGAUGGUGCUCAGGUGCAGAGAGAUCCUCUUGAGAUUUGGGAUGAGCACAUCAGGGAAUUGGCUAUUUUGAACCCUAGGCUUUUAGGAUAA